CUGAUGAUUGUAGCAUUGCUACCUCAUUUUUACGACACCAUGAUGUUGUUACUCGUGUUUUGUUGUCUUGCAGUCUCUUUGGUGGGUCAUGUCGUCGAAGGAAGUUGUGGAUACAAGCCCAAUGUAAGAAUCGUCGGUGGAACAGAAGCCCCUCCUGGUGCAUGGCCCUGGCAAGUCAUGAUUAGAACAAAAUCGUCUUUUCCUGGUCAUUUCUGUGGAGGGUCCUUGAUACACCCACAAUGGGUAGUAACCGCUGCCCACUGUCUCUACGGCAGGACUGAAAACGACUUCUUUGUCAGACUUGGUGCUCACUAUCGGGAUAGCGUGAUGGGAACUGAACAAGAUAUCGACAUCGAAAAGAUGAUAAAACACUGGAGUUACGGAAAACCUAAAUCACUGAGCCAUGAUAUUGCAUUAUUGAAGCUCAAAAGACCUGUUAGGUUAUCAAAGGACGCGGGUCUUGUCUGCCUACCAAGAACUUAUUCUAAUGUACUCCAGGGUACCAAGUGUUGGGUCACGGGGUGGGGCAAGCUAUCAGCCGGUGGGGCUGAUCCACGUGUCCUCAUGCAAGUGUCCGUUCCCAUCGUCUCACGAAGAAAGUGCCAAAAUUCGUACCCUGGUCAAAUUGACGAUUCCAUGAUCUGUGCCGGGUACGAUCAGGGGGGCCGAGACUCUUGCCAAAACGACUCUGGGGGUCCUCUUGUGUGCGAGCAAUUCGGGAGGUUCUAUUUAGAGGGUGUGGUCUCGUGGGGUGAAGGAUGUGCCGGACGGUUGAAAUACGGUGUUUAUGCCAAUGUCCGAUAUUUGAAGAGAUGGAUAUACAAUAAUAUGAGAUAAUGAUAUAAAAUAAACAUAUAUCAUGGACUCUAGA